AUGACAAAACCUAACACGAAAACGAUCCAUGGGUUCUCCAAAAUUAUAAGCAUAUGUUUACUGGCAUGUUUUUUCAUCGAUAAAGUUUACGGUGAUAUGGAAAACGACAUGGGAAUGGAUGAUACUUCUGAGUACACUAGGCCGGAAAUUGUGAACGCUGGAUCAAAAUCUUUUCACUGGCUCUGCACGCUAGGAUUUCUGUUGCUUUUACCAUCUGUGGUCACAUGCCUCUCGUUUGCCGGAAAGAUAUAUUCUGCCACGUUUUUACAAUGUAUUUGUGCUUCCUAUGCCUUCUUGGAAGCUGCUGUAUUUAGAUUUCAAGACAACAACGGGGUUGAAAACAGAACUUCAAGGGGAACUGCAUGGUUUUUGGCGGGACUUACCUGGAUAUCUGUAUUCUUUGGAGGAUUAGCGGGAGGAACUGGCUUCUUAGUCAGGAGCAAGAGAUUGCAAACGUUCACAUCAAAUACAGGUGAGAAAACACUGUCAUACGUUCAUCGCGGUUUAUCCUUUUUAACUGUUCUUACGGGUUGGAUUAAAGUUUGCUUAGCACCAGUUGCGCUCUUUGGAUUCUGUAGAGAGACACAUACAGGGCAGUGCAUCGCCCAUGGUAUCAUGGGAUCCGCGUUUGUACUAUACGGGUUCAUUUAUGUGUUUGUUUUGGUCGUGCCAUGGAUUCGCAGUGAUCAAACUUCAUACUCUCAGGAUUAUGUGGACAGUUGGGUAAUGUGCGUAUGGGGCGUUGUGAAUACCUUUACGGAACAUAGAUGGGGACGUGAAGGAUGGAGUGUUCAUGAUUACCAACAUACAUUUAUGGGAAUUAUCUGGUGGGCCGGUGGUAUACUGGGGAUUUUCCUUUCUAGAAAUGGUAGACGAACAUUUGUGCCUAGUUUAAUCAUUAUUUUCACCGGCUGGGCCAUGUCUGAACACGCUCAGCAUUUAAUAAUUAGUACAAAAGUGCACAACAUGUUUGGGUUGGUUUUGAUGUGUGGAGGUGCCUUAAGAAUCAUCGAGAUAUCUUUUCUGCUAAAAGACAAAAGAACACUAGAAAAGAUACAUUCAUUUCAAUACCUCGCCCCUUUUUGCCUAGUAUGCUCAGGUCUCCUGUUUAUGGGUGCAAAUGAAGAGCAGCUCAUUCUAGUAUUGAGGCUGGGUGGGGACCAUAGUGCGUAUGUUUUACUUAUCGUUUCUGGUGCAUUUCUAGUCUACUUCUGGAUGGUUGCAUGCUUGGAAUUUUAUCUAUACUUGAUUGAAAAGGAAAAACAAGGAUUCCUUCCGAAGCCAUACGACCUUCAAAACGAAAACAAUAACGUCGGACUUGAGUUAAAUAAUAUAUCGGACAAUGACGUGGAUAUGUAUGCACAUUCCUUUAAUGUUUGA